AGUCUUUCCCGUUGCUGCUGCAGAGAGAUUUCAUCUGCCAACUAUAGGGGCGGCGGCGGGAUAUUGGACUACCUCUUAAUCCGUGUCUCUGCUUGAAGGGUUGGCACUAUUGCUGGUAAAGGAGAUGACGGAGUGAUUGGAUUAAAAGAAAAAACACCUAACUGCUCAAUUAAAGCACGCGUGAAACGGAGAAGUAAUAGUAAGCCAAAUUCCUGAAUUCCCAAACUUUGAGGGGCUGAGCAGCGAGCUGGGAAGUGGAUCCAGUUACUGCAGACGAACUUGUGAGCGAUUCCGCCCUCCCUCCCAGGACUUUUUCGCGGCCGACCGAAGAGAAAAACACAACGCUUUUCGGCGCGGGCAAGAUCGCUCUUUGCUGGAAGAGAAUACAUCGAGGUAGCAUUUCGGCUCGCAACUCCAGCAAAGAAUUAUCCAGCCCUUGGCGAGCGAUCAACGAGAGCCGGUUUGGCGAGCGAUCCGCCUCUUUCACCUCCUCUACCCGAGAGCAGAAGGCUGAGAGAGCGAAGCCAACCUCGCCGCCGCCGCCCCCGCGCAACCCCUUUGGCUGCUGGCCCUCUCGGGGGGCUGGGCUGGACGCCGCCGAUGCUUUGGGACCCAAGCGGCUCUGGGCUGUGAAGACCCGCUUCCCGCCGCUUGCUCUCGCCGGCCGCGCUCGUUCCUUUCGUUAGCAGCUGCCUCCGAUCAUGGGCCGGGGGGCGAGAGCGGCGCGGACGGCCCCUGCUUCCUUGGGCCUGGCCGUCUUCCUGGGCGUUCUGUGCGGGGUUCCCUGGGGCUCUGGCGCCCAGCCUUACAACGGGGAGAAAGGGAUUUCUGUGCCGGACCAUGGCUUCUGUCAGCCCAUUUCGAUCCCUCUCUGCACGGACAUCGCCUACAACCAGACCAUCCUGCCCAACCUGCUGGGGCACACCAACCAGGAGGACGCCGGGCUGGAAGUCCAUCAGUUCUACCCGCUGGUGAAAGUGCAGUGCUCUCCGGAGCUGCGCUUCUUCCUUUGCUCCAUGUACGCGCCCGUCUGCACCGUCUUGGAACAGGCCAUCCCGCCCUGCCGGUCCCUGUGCGAACGGGCCCGCCAGGGUUGCGAGGCCCUGAUGAACAAGUUUGGUUUCCAGUGGCCCGAGCGGCUCCGCUGCGAAAACUUCCCCGUCCACGGCGCAGGUGAGAUCUGCGUGGGGCAGAAUACCUCGGACACCUCGGGAGGGGAAGCGGGCGGAGAGGGCCCCGGAGGUGCCACUGUCUAUCCCACCCCGUAUCUGCCCGAUCCCCCCUCUUAUCCCCUGCCCCCCACCAGCUCUGGCUUCUCCUGCCCGCGGCAGCUCAAAGUGCCCCCAUACCUGGGCUACCGCUUUUUGGGUGAGAGGGACUGUGGUGCCCCUUGCGAGCCAGAGCUCCCCAAUGGGCUGAUGUACUUCAAGGAGGCCGAGGUGCGCUUUGCCCGUCUGCUGGUAGGCAUCUGGUCAGUCCUGUGCUGCGCCUCCACCCUCUUCACUGUCCUGACCUACCUGGUGGACAUGAGGCGCUUCAGCUACCCUGAGCGGCCCAUCAUCUUCCUCUCUGGCUGCUAUUUCAUGGUGGCGGUGGCCUACGUGGCUGGCUUUCUGCUGGAGGACAAAGUGGUCUGUGUGGAACGCUUCUCAGAAGACGGCUACCGCACCGUGGUGCAGGGCACCAAGAAAGAAGGGUGCACCAUCCUAUUCAUGAUCCUCUACUUCUUUGGCAUGGCCAGUUCCAUCUGGUGGGUCAUCCUCUCCCUCACCUGGUUCCUUGCAGCUGGCAUGAAGUGGGGCCACGAGGCCAUUGAGGCCAAUUCCCAGUACUUUCACCUGGCUGCCUGGGCUGUGCCUGCCAUCAAGACCAUCACCAUCUUGGCCAUGGGACAGGUGGACGGGGACGUGCUCAGCGGAGUCUGCUACGUGGGCAUCUACAGUGUAGACGCACUGCGGGGCUUCGUCUUGGCCCCCCUCUUUGUCUACCUCUUCAUUGGCACGUCCUUCCUCCUGGCUGGCUUUGUGUCCCUCUUCCGCAUACGGACCAUCAUGAAACAUGAUGGCACCAAAACCGAAAAGCUGGAGAAGCUCAUGGUGAGGAUUGGCAUUUUUAGUGUCCUCUACACAGUGCCUGCCACGAUAGUGCUGGCUUGCUACUUCUAUGAGCAGGCCUUCCGGGACACGUGGGAGAAAACCUGGCUCCUGCAGAGCUGCAAAAGCUAUGCUGUUGCUUGCCCCACCAACUUUGCCCCAAUGAGCCCCGACUUCACUGUCUUUUUGAUCAAGUACCUCAUGACCAUGAUUGUGGGCAUCACGACCGGCUUCUGGAUUUGGACUGGCAAAACUCUCCAGUCUUGGCGGCGCUUUUACCAUAGACUCAGCACAGGAAGCAAAGGGGAAACUGCCGUAUGAGGGUCCCUUGGCUUCCUCCCCCUUCUCUUGUAUUGCAAGGAACAAGGGCUCGGACAUGGGUUCCUUCAGACUGCCUUUGCUUCUCACCAAGAGACCCCCAUCUCUAGGCCAGGAAUUCUGGCUUCAUUCUCCUUGCUGGUUAAGUUGAAGAGCACAGAACAAGUGUCCUUCGCAAGACUGUUCUUUGGGGCAGUGAAUAUCUUAUCCUCUGAGAACUUGCUUUUCCCCUCCAUCCUGGCCUCCUCACCUUUUAAAUGGUACUGCAGUAACUCUUUAAAGUAUGCUGGAAUGGAGCCAAGGAUGGAAGUUUGGGAGAAGAAAAGAGAGAAAAGCAAGCUAUCUUUUUUUCCUUAAAAAAAGUGAUCACAUUACUGCAUGAUAAGGUGCCAAAUCAGAUCCUCCCCCCCCCCCCAAAUCAGAGUCUUAAUUUACAGUCUUUCUAAACUUACCCAAGAAGGCACUGAGAAGGGAGAA